AUGUUGCAAUCACUCGAAGAAGCUACCAGUCCAGACAGCGGUGUGAAGGACCAGCGGGAAAGGGGGGCGCGGGACGGUGAAGGGGAGGGGGGCUCACCUUCAUCCCCGGCGUCCCGCGUCUCCCCCGCGGACGAGCGGGACAUCGAGCACAGUAUACCAGCUACCCUCAUUCAGGAUCCUAAUGCUGAAAGGGAGAGUCCAAGAUGUCUAUCGCGUGAGUCGUCGGGCGCGCCGCGAUGUCCCUCCAACGACUCGGUCUACUCUGGCCGCAGUGCGCCGAGCUUACCGCUACCAGCCGCCCUGUCAGCAGCCCUGCCAGCCGCGUUGCCGGCCGCCCUCCUCCCACCCCACUCUGCCGCGGUAGCCGCCUACUUGGGCGCUGCAGCGGCAGCCGCCCAACAGAGACUUCUUAUGUCCUGCCAUGAAGACAUGACCGACUCUGAACGAGGCGAUGCAGUCCUAGACUUUAGUACCAAACGAAGUGAAUCUCCUAUUGAUGAUGAUGACGAUGAUGCCGUUAAUCUUAGCAAGAAUGAAAACGGACCGCUUGACUUAUCAGUUGGCACAAGAAAACGAGGGCCAGAAGAUUCACCGUCCCCAGUACCCAGUCGAAAAAGUUCAAGAUCAUCUGAUUUUAAGCCGAUUUCAACUCCUUGGGCUAACCCAGUAGCCCCACACUUGCCUUACUUCGCAGCAGCGGUAGCAGCCGCUAGUUUAUCUCCAAAAGGUGGAGUACCAGCUGAAUGGAAUGGCAAAUUGAAACAUGGUACUCCUACACCGAGUGAUGCUACUAAAGCUCUUGAAAAGAUGAGUGAAUUAAGCAGAUUAGGUGGAGAAGAAUUGUUCAGAUCAGUCCAAAGUGCUGCAUUGAGCGCUGGACUGACACCUAAUGCAGCCGCGCGACAUUCUGCCUGGCAAUCGCAUUGGCUUAACAAAGGAGCUGACCAAACUAAAGAUGUAUUGAAAUGCGUUUGGUGUAAGAAAAGCUUCAAUUCGUUAGCUGAUUUGACCGUUCAUAUGAAGGAAGCAAAACAUUGUGGAGUAAGUGUUUCUGUACCACCAUCUUCAGGUGCGCCUAUACCAGCCUCACUCCAGCCACCAUCAAGUUCACCUUCAACUCCAUCGCACAACUCUUCAUCUUCGAGUGGCUCGUCUAAACCUAAUCAUAACGACUUAAAUAUGCUUAUUAAGGAGAAUAUGCCAAUACCUAGAAAGCUUGUACGUGGUCAAGAUGUAUGGUUAGGUAAAGGUGCUGAACAGACUAGACAAAUAUUAAAAUGUAUGUGGUGCGCUGAGAGCUUUCGAUCGUUGGCUGAAAUGACUAGUCACAUGCAGCGCACUCAACAUUAUACGAAUAUUAUAUCACAAGAGCAGAUAAUUUCAUGGAAGUCAUCAGAUGAAGCAAAAGGAUCUAAUUCUAGCGCACCUGGCGCCAACAAUACGGUUCCUCCUACAACAGGGACUAGUAGUCAUGUUAGCGCUGUUUUAACUUGUAAGGUUUGCGACCAAGCUUUUAGUUCCUUAAAAGAAUUAAGUAAUCAUAUGGUUAAAAAUUCACAUUACAAAGAACAUAUAAUGCGUUCGAUUACCGAAAGCGGUGGUAGGAGGCGACAAACGCGGGAAAAGAGAAAGAAAUCGUUACCAGUUAGGAAACUUCUCGAAUUGGAAAGAGCUCAACAUGAGUUUAAAAAUGGGGAUGGUAACGGUGUCCCUAUGGGCAAACCAAUUAGGGACUUCGGUGCUGGUAGUCGAAUUACUUGCGAGAAAUGUGGGGACAAAAUAGAGACUGCAGUUUUCGUAGAGCAUAUCAGACAAUGCAUAGGCGCGCCCAUGUCGAAUAGCCAAAGGAAUUUUCUGAAGAGUGCUCUUCUUUCUAAUAAUAUAAUCCCGCCCGACGUACCUGGUCAUAUAACACCUACUAACCGUGAUGGUCGUAAAAGUAUCAAUGAGGAAAUACCCUCACCCGGGUCUGUACACCAUCGUUCCCCUUCUUCGGUCAAUGAUGCAUCGCCUAGUUCCAAAGAUCAUAAUGCGAGCAAUGACAAAAGUUCAUCCCCGUCUGUACUCAACGCUAUAGAACAAUUAAUAGAAAAAAGUUUUGAUACCCGCUCGCGGCAUUCAGUACCUGGUAUGCCAGGAGGGGCAUCUCACGCCCCUAUCGGUUCGAGUAUUCUUAAAAGGUUAGGCAUAGAUGAGAGCGUAGACUACACAAAGCCACUAGUAGAUGCUCAGACGAUGAGCAUGUUACGUAAUUAUCAUCAUCAGCAGGGAUACGGUCGUAGGGAACGUAGCGGUAGCGAAUCUAGUUCUAUGUCAGAGCGGGGUGGAAGCAGAGUUGAAUCUCUUACACCUGAUAGGAAGCUAGACUCGUAUCACAUGACUCCACGCACUACUCCUGACACUCGUGGUUCUCAAACCCCCGCUUCUGAAGAUCGCCCUACCGAAGUUAGGAUAAAAAAGGAAGUAACUGAUGAUGAGGAACGUGAAAACGGUGUCGAUUUGAGUAGUCAACCAGUAAGGGUUAAAACUGAGGUAGACGAUGAAGAAGAACAAGCUAGGCCGAGUAGUGUGAAUGAAGAGGACGUGAAACCUGUUGCCAAACGUGAAAGUGAGGGCCCGAGCCCUUCAGCUAGUCCUCGUAGUCCAGCUAGCGAUCGUUCUGCGCCAACUCCUGGUGCUGAUAGAAAACCAGCUUCGAGCUUAGGAGCUCUAUCAUCUAUGUUCGAUAGUCUUGCUGGAGGUGGUUCGUCGAAUGAACCAAGCUCUUCCCGCCGUAGUGGUAGCCACCCUUUAGCGGCUUUACAAAAGCUUUGCGAUAAAACUGAAACAAACACAUCUCGUGCACCCGCUCCAGCCCCUUCUCCCGCUGGACCACCCAGCAUCCUGACCUUUAGCUGGGCUUGUAAUGAUGCCGUCGUCACCGAUUCAAUUAUGAAAUGCGCAUUAUGUGACACUCCAUUCAUAUCGAAGGGCGCUUAUAGACAUCAUCUCUCGAAGAUGCAUUUUGUUAAGGACGGUGCUUUACCAGAGCCGGUAGUAGUAAAGGCCCCCCCUGCAGGCUCCCCUGGUGUACAUAAAAGUGGAGGAUCCAACGCAGCAUCCCCGCAAGAUCCGAGAAGCCCAUCUCAAUCUUUCGACGAAAGUCCUCACUCAAAAUUCCUUAAAUAUACGGAACUGGCAAAGCAGCUGUCAAGCAAAUACGUG